GCGUGGGACAAAAGGAUUCGAGGGUGGUUUCUGCAAGGUGCAUCCUGGUGCCAUGGCAGGGGAGGGAACAGAGGCCAUGGAGGAAUGGCGGUGCGGGGCUCGGGGAGGCACGUGCAAGGAGAAGCUGCGGGCCGAGAGCCCGAGCGUGGGGGCAGCCGUGCUGUGCGUGGCCCAGGCCCGAACCCUCGUGCAGGGCUGCGCGUGCAUCAGAGCAGCGCCCAGAGCCUCCGAGUGCCGGGACGCCGCGCUCCGCCUCUGACCACCGCGCUGAUCCGCGCCCCGCCUCGCGCUCUUCCCCGCCCCCUCCUCCGCCGAAGGGGCUGCGGUGCCACGGGGACGGGCCGGGUCGGGCGGAGCGGAGCGGAGCGGUGGGCGGUGCCCCGCCAGGACCCGAGGAGGGGCGUCCGGAGCGCGGCCCCGUUCUGCUCCUGUCCGCCUCCCGGGCAGACGGCAGCGGCGCGGCAGGGCAGGAUGGCGGGCGGGCUGGGGCCGUGGCUGCUGGCCUUGGCCUUGGGGCCGGCAGGAGUAUGUGCACAGUGGAGACUGGAAGCAUCUGGUGGAGGUUUGCGAGCAGCUGGAGAGUCUGUGCACCUCUCCUGUCGGGGAUAUGGCUUCAGAUUUGGAGGUGUUUGGUGGUACCGUCAGGCACCUGGUGGCCAUCUCACGUGGCUGUCUGACAUCAGCACCAGCUCGUAUGUUAGAUCGAGCCCUGAGGUGGAGGGUCGAGUCAAAGGUUCCCGAGAUGAUUCCCGAGCUGUAAUCUCUCUGUCCUUGCAUAACCUGCGCCCCGAAGACUCAGCGCACUACUUCUGUGCUGUUCACACAGGAGCAGGAAAUCCUGCAGAGCUUUAACAAAAAAGCCCUUCCUGGACACAGCGAACGCUACCAGAGACACAGGGCCGGAAGGUGCUGUAGAUGCUCUGCGCUGCUCCUGGGACCUCACAGCACACCACAGAUGUUCCUGUCCUUUCUGCAAGAUCGCCUUUCCCCUCACCACUCCUUUCCUCCUCCUGACUCCCAAAAGUAUCAUUGUAACCUGGGGAUUAUGUUCAGCAUGUUUCUGGUUAGCAAAACAGAUAGACCACUCUGCCUUGCCCCCCUCAGCCCUUCUGGAUCUGUUCUUGGUUUCCUUCUUUGCUUGGGUAUUCAAAAACAGUUAUGUUCUAGCGACAGCCUUGCCUGCUUCCGCCGACAGCCAUGGCAAUACUUUCCAUGCAAAGCAGUGGGUGAAUGAAUAUGUCUGAUGUGGUUUCAGAUGCA